AUGUCGUUCGCUCUAACUUUGCUAUCUGCGGGGUGUCUUAUGCCCUUCGGAAUUAGCCGUGCUGCCGGGGUGCCUCCUGCCAAAGUGCCUGCUGCAGCUCAGCUCGUUGACUGGAGGAGCUUCAAUGUCCUUGCGACCGUGCCCCCUCCAGCGGAGGCGGACGAUUCGACGAUAUUUCUUUGGCCUGGUGUGACUCUAGAAUCCCUCCAAGCCAGGCCCUUCCACAUCUACGACAACGAGUUCUACGAUGUCAUUGGACGGGAUCCUUCCCUGACACUCAUUGCUACUUCCGAUACUGACCCUAUCUUCCACGAGGCUGUUGUGUGGCACCCUCCUAAAGACGAGUCCUCCAUCAUCCAGAAGAUCUCACUUGCAGAGGCCGAGGCUGUACGCAAGGGUGAAAGGGACAACGCGACCGUUACGGUAGUGCCUUCUCAUCCCCAGGUCAUCAACCCCAACGGUGGCACGAAUUACAAGGGAAACAUUGUCUUUGCUGGAGAGGGUCAGGGUGACGACAUCACCUCCACGAUGUUUCUCAUGAACCCCGAGGCUCCAUUUAACACCACAGUCCUCUUCAACAACUAUUUCGGUCGCCAAUUCAACUCGCUAAACGACGUGGUCAUCAACCCCCGGAAUGGGGAACUGUAUUUCACCGAUACCCUAUACGGCUUCCUGCAGGACUUUCGCCCUCCUCCCGGCCUGCGCAACCAAGUCUACCGCUACAACUUCGAGACCGGGGCCAUCGCAGUCGUCGCUGAUGACUUCACUCUACCCAAUGGUCUCACCUUCUCACCCGAUGGCAAGAAGGCCUACGUCACCGACACCGGCAUUGCUCUAGGAUUCUAUGGCCGCAACCUCUCGUCUCCCGCCUCUGUCUACUCUUUCGACGUGAACGAAGACGGCACUUGGGAGAACCGCAAGACUUUCGCCUACACUGCUUCUUUCAUCCCCGAUGGUGUUCACACUGACUCUGCUGGCCGCGUCUACUCUGGUUGUGGCGACGGCGUUCAUGUCUGGAACCCCUCCGGCAAGCUUAUCGGCAAGAUUUACACCGGCGCUGUUGCUGCCAAUUUUCAGUUCGCUGGAAAUGGCCGGAUGAUCAUUACUGGGCAGACAAAGCUGUUUUACGUUACUCUCGCUGCUUCCGGCGUGGGGAUACAGUAG